AUUGGCUUUUUUUUUAUUUUUUUUAUUUGGAGGAUUUGAUCACUAUGGCUAUUUUCCUUUCCUUUUUCAGCAGUAAAUUGGAAGAUUUUUAUUGGGAAGAUAAGAUUUUUAUAGGAUGAAUAGGUUCUUUAUGCUUAUCAUUAUCAUCUUGAUAAUGCAUCAUAGAAUGUGAUCAGAAAUAUUGAUACAAAAAACACUCACACAAUCAAAUACAGAAGCAACAACAAACAAACAUGAUCUCACCAGUGUGAUCAUCCCCACAAGAUGAACCCCUACCCAACCUAGAAAAAAGAUUUAGACUGAUACAUCAUAUUGUCAGCACAACUGCACCUUUUUUUACAAUCCUAACUGGCCAGUAUUUUUCCCAAAAUGUAUAAUUCUAUGAAGCUACCCAACAGCAAAACCAUUUCAAUUCCAGUAGUCCAAGAAUUAGCAGCCAGGGAUCCUGAUUCAGUGCCUCAAAGGUAUAGAAGGGAGGAAGAGAGGCUCCAUUCCAUUACUGUUAGUGAUAACUUGAGCAGUUCUAUUCCCAUAAUUGAUUUGUCACUUCUGUCUGAGCACAAAGAGUCCAGACAACAGGUGAUGGAGAAGCUUUCACUUGCCUGCCAAGAAUGGGGUUUCUUUCAGGUGGUGAAUCAUGGGGUUCCUGUCUCAGUGCUGGACCAAAUGAAACAAGUUGUGAGGGAUUUCUUCCAACUUCCACUGGAGGAAAAGCUCAAGUGUGGAAUUCAAGAGCGUGAAGGCUAUGGCCAGGCCUUUGUAAUUUCAGAUGAACAGAAAUUAGACUGGUCAGACAUGUUAUAUUUGGUCACUCUCCCUGAAGAUGUUAGAAACAUGAAUUUCUGGCCAAGAAGGCCAACAAAUUUCAGAGAAACCAUGAAUGACUUUGGCAUGGAAAUUCAGAAACUCUCAAAUAAGCUCUUGAGUCUGAUAGCAGAGACCCUGGGUCUCAAGAUUAACAGUUUUAUUAAUCCAGAGGGAAAGUGGAUACAAGGAGCUCGAAUGAACUACUAUCCGAGGUGUUCAAGGCCAGAUCUUGUAUUUGGAAUAGGUCCUCACUCAGACCCAUCAAACAUCACCAUAUUGCUACAGGAUGAUGAGCAAGUAGGAUUGCACAUACGAAAAGAUGGUGAAUGGAUUCCUGUUGAACCCAUCUCUGGAGCUCUUGUCGUCAAUAUUGGAGAUAUGGUAGAGGUUUGAGCCUCAAGAGUAUCUUUUCAAGUGUUGCAAUGAUAAAUCCUCCAUUUAUCAAGACUUGGAUUCCAUUUCAAAAAUAAAAGGUGACUAGGUGCCUAAAUGGAAGGAAAAGCUAGUGAUUUUUGAAAAAAUAUUUAAUGACUCUUCAAAUUCCAAUGGAGCACGACUUGAUUCAUGAUUUAAUUCAGUUUGGUGCAACAACAUUAAUGUCACAUUUUGGAAGAAAAAAGUCCACUUUAUUUAAUGUUUUUGAAGGAAUUUGAAAAGUCAAGUUGAAGGAAACGACAAAGCGGAUUUGGAUUCUUCUUUUGGGUUCCUCGCAAAGGUUAAAACCACUAUAAAAUGCAGCAUUUAAUCAUGUUAAGAGGUAGCAAUCAAAAGCAUCAAGGUUGGAGAAAGAAAUUCUAGGUUGCUCUAGAAAAUUGUAUAAAGAAGAGUGUAUAGGCAAUUAGCUUGCCAAGAGGAGACAAAUAAAAAAAGAGAAAGAGGAAUUUUUAGGUGUGUUGGAGGUGUUCAAGAUAAUUGUGAUAGCUAUAACAUGAAGGGAAAAAUGAUAUUUCCAAAGAGGAUUGUAGCCAAGAAAGUUCAAGACAAGAGGGUUUGAAGAUUUGAAGGCAUGAACUACCUAGAAUUCUUGUAAAUGUUUUGAACUAUGUUCCUUGUUGAGAUCCUCCACAUAUGUAAUUGAUUUCAAAGAAUUUUAUAAUGAAUAUAUGUUUCAAACUUUAUUUCA